AUGUUCCUGAGGACAUUCAAGCAGCCCAAUGGACAGGGCACUAUGAUCUGGUCAAGCCCAGUCCAGCAGUCUAGAAUCAUGCAUCUGGCAACCCUCCCUCAUACACAUCUUGCAUUCAUUGUGGAUUUGGAGAGAACUCUCAAAGUGUGGAAUUGUCAGGAUGAGGAUGCUCUGGCUACUCGCAUCACGCCUCGGGCCUGUUUCUCCUUGGAAGCCUGUCUCACAAAGGAUGGCCCAUUCCUGAUGGUAAGUUGGCAUUCUGAAGGUGACAUCUACACAUUGACAGUCCCUGGCUUAAGGAAUGUUUCUAAAGUUAAUGUAUUCAAAUAUAAUGUUGAUCUUCUACACUGCUCUCCUGACAGAAAAUGGAUCUUUGCAUCUACACAUCAACAUCACUUGCCAAAGGUAUUUUUCACAGCUUGCUUACUGAGACUAGCCUACUGGGCCCCAAGGAGGAUAAACAGGAUAACACUGAUGUUCCGAAGAGGCUCUUCCCAAGAGACAGGAUUUACCACCUAUGAUCUAGCAACUGAGAGGACUGAGGGGAGAACAGUCAUCCAAGCCCAUCAGAUCACAAGUUUCCUGUUGCCAGUUGAUAUGGAGAGUCCUAUUUGCAUGGGAGUCAGUGAUGGAAAUAUGUUUGUCUUUGAGAGUAGGCCAUACCUAUUCCUUUUCACUAUCAGUGGCCUCCUGCUGCAACAAUUUGAGGACCACCAGAGGACCAUCAGCAACUUAUGGGUAGAUUCUCUCUAUGUCCUCACCACAUCCAUGGAUGACCUCUUUUACAGGUACAUGUGGGAAGAGGAAGGCCGUUAUCCAUACCUCAAGAGCUGCUGUCACCUGGCACACAUAGGAAGUGAUCAGAUACCAAGCUGCUUUGUCUCCAAAGCAAUAUGUGAUAAUUCGAGCAUAGUAUGUGUGGUGUCGAGAAUUCGUGAAUCCAGCAUUCCGGUGAUGUAUUCUUUGAAUAUGUAA